AUGUUAAAAUUGUCGUUUGAUACGUUGUCUAGGACAGCAAGUAGACAGGUUCCAACAAAUGUUAUAAGAUCAUUUAGUGGAUCCGCAUAUGUGUUUGCAAAGGCAGCUCCAAAACUGAAAGAUGGUAAGAAAAAGGCCAAACAAGGGUUCAAGAACAAAGGAGCAGAAUCUAAGACUGCAAAGGUCAAGAAGGGUGGUAUGACUCACUUGAAGUUUAAGGAUGCUGUUCGUUCAUUGAAGUUUGAAAAGUCGGCCACAGAUUUCACACAAUUGAAUAUCAAAGAUAUAUCCUACGGGUCAUUGAAGUCGAUCACAUCCACUGUUGUCAAGUAUAACGAUUAUACCGAAAAGGCUUUACAAGACCUUGAUUCAUUUAAAAAGUACCAGUAUCAUGAAUUAUUCAGCAAGCCUGUUUCCAUGGUGUCUAACAAUACAUUGAAGCUCGAUGAACAAUUUAUAUCAAAGUUGGAAUCUCCUAGUAAAGACAAUAGAUUGUGUUUAUUAGGUGAAAAGGGUGUAGGAAAGUCGGUGUUACUUUCUCAGGCUAAGGCGUUAGCUAUUUCUAAAUACGACAAGGAUGUAAUCCUUUUACAUUUGGACCACCCACAAAAACUUAUUGAAGGUUCUAGUGACUACAUCUACAACAAAAGAAUAGAGAAAUAUCAACAGCCAAUGUUUACCAAGAGGUGGAUCAAGAAGUUACGUGCUGCUAACGAAGAGAUAUUCAAGAAGUUGCCAUUAACCAGAGAUAUCUCUUUCACCGCUAAGAAGAAGGAAUACAACUUGAAGAAGGGCGAAAAUACCUUGUAUGAUUUCAUCUUAUAUAACCAUGAUUUCGGAAAAGUGGCUCCAACCUCAGCAUUUACCUUUUUGGUUGAGGAAAUCAUGCAUCAUUCUAAGGAAGUUCCUGUUCUUGUCUCGAUUGAUGAUUUCAAUGCAUUAACAAGUGAAACAUUGACUAAAUAUCGUCACACAGACUUUGAGCCAAUUCACUUUACUGAUUUCGAAAUGGGUAGCUUUAUUUUGAAAUUAGCAAGCGGUGAGUUAAGUUUUGCCAAGGGUGGUGUCUUAUUAGCUGAAUCUAAAGAUAUUGCUUAUGGACACACCUUACCAGUUGGUUUAGGUAUCGAGCAAUACGAUCCAUACUACAAGCAACAUCAAUGUGACUACGAAGUUGCCAACAGCUUAUUACAGAAUGGCGGUGUGUCCUCUAUGACCGUUGAAAACCUCACUAAGGAUCAAUGCAGAGAACUUUACAACUUUUGGGAUGCCACUGGUGUUUUAAGGGUUAGAGAAUAUCCAACAAAUGAAGACUAUAAGACAUCUGAGCAAAUUGCAGAUGAACAAGCUGCCAGAAGAUCGGGUGAAGAAGAAGAGAAAUACGUUUACGAUCCUGAAGAACAAUUUGAAAAAUUGGUUCAAAAUAACUUCACCAUUUCUUCAGGUAACCCAGGUCACUUGAUUAAAACCACCACUUUAUCAUAUUAA